UCCUAUCCGCCUCCUUUUCUCGUCGUUCUCAUCAUCAGUACUUUACCCACCUUUACAUUCGCCGUCACUCAUUCCUCCUACAAAGUCACCGUCUCACCGCCUCCGAACAAAUGUCUCCCUCCUUCACCCAACUCGUCUCAGUCGCUCUCGCUCUCGCGGGCUCUACUCUCGCUUCACCUACAUUGUUCGCUACCCGUGCCUCACCCUCUGACAUCGACUCCUACCUGAGUGCUCACAACACCGUCCGUGAGGCUCAUGGCGCCGCCGACCUUGUUUGGAACGAUACGUUGGCCACGGCUGCACAGAACUGGGCGAACGGAUGCGUCUUUGAACAUUCUGGAGGAUCUCUCGGACCGUACGGUGAGAACUUGGCCGCCGGUACAGGCGACUUCCCGAUCGCCUCCGCUGUAGGCGCUUGGGCUGCUGAAUCCACUCAAUACGAUGCCAGCAACCCUCAGCCUUCGCACUUCACUCAGAUGGUGUGGAAGGCCUCUACCCAGCUCGGAUGUGCUGAGGCUCAGUGCGCUAUUUUCGACGAGAGUGUAUAUGGCCCCACGAGCUACUAUGUCUGCGAAUACUACCCAGCCGGCAACGUCAUUGGGCAGUUCCCUCAAAACGUCCAGGCCUAAGAUACGUUGUUCACCUUGGAUAGUUCGUAUAUCGAAUACUCUGGGCUAUUGCGAAAGAGUGCGACCCGAUGGACAUGUUUCUAGGACUGCCUAGUUGCUCUAUUUGCUGUACUCCCUGCAUGUUAUAACAGUUAAUGUUUUAUUUUUUGUUCUUCAAACAUCUCUCGCUUCCUUCUGUCGGUCCUUGACCAUGCUCAGUGACCAGGACCCAGAAAUUGUAGACAUUCCCCCAAGUUGCGAUUGUCUCUUAUGCGUUUAUCAGAUGACUGUGCC